AUGAAGAGAGGAGGACCAGGACCAGAGCACACCAUGAAGAGAGGAGGACCAGGACCAGAGCACACCAUGAAGAGAGGAGGACCAGGACCAGAGCACACCAUGAAGAGAGGAGGACCAGGACCAGAGCACACCAUGAAGAGAGGAGGACCAGGACCAGAGCACACCAUGAAGAGAGGAGGACCAGGACCAGAGCACACCAUGAAGAGAGGAGGACCAGGACCAGAGCACACCAUGAAGAGAGGAGGACCAGGGCCAGAGCACACCAUGAAGAGAGGAGGACCAGGACCAGAGCACACCAUGAAGAGAGGAGGACCAGGACCAGAGCCCACCAUGAAGAGAGGAGGACCAGGACCAGAGCCCACCAUGAAGAGAGGAGGACCAGGACCAGAGCCCACCAUGAAGAGAGGAGGGACCAGGACCAGAGCACACCAUGAAGAGAGGAGGACCAGGACCAGAGCACACCAUGAAGAGAGGAGGACCAGGACCAGAGCACACCAUGAAGAGAGGAGGGACCAGGACCAGAGCACACCAUGA